UCUGGCGAGCAGAGCGACAGUCAGUCCUAGCAACAUGGCGCUCAAGGCACAAGUCGGUCAAAAGAUUAUGAAUGAGGUGAUCAAGCAAAAGAAGAAGACAACAGGUGGGGUGGAAUGGCGGAUCUUGGUGGUGGAUCAGCUCGCCAUGAGGAUGGUAUCCGCGUGCUGCAAGAUGCACGAUAUCAGCGCUCAGGGUAUCACUUUAGUGGAGGAUAUCAAUAAGAAACGCGAGCCUCUGCCGACAAUGGAGGCCAUUUACCUCAUCACGCCCUGUAAUUCAUCGGUGCAGAAAUUGAUCGACGACUUUAGUAAUCCGGCAAGAACUACUUACAAGGUCGCCCACGUGUACUUUACGGAAGUAUGCCCGGAGGAGCUGUUCAAUGAAAUCUGCAAGUCUCUCGCCGCUAAAAAGGUCAAAACCCUCAAAGAGAUCAACAUCGCAUUCCUGCCAUACGAAUCGCAGGUCUUCUCAUUGGACUCACGUGAAACGUUCGCUUGCUUUUACAAUCCCUCUUUCUCCAACUUGAGAGCGGCUAAUAUGGAGCGCAUCGCCGAACAAAUUGCAACACUCUGUGCCACUCUUGGGGAAUAUCCGUCGGUCAGAUAUCGCAGUGAUUUCGAUCGCAAUGUUGAACUCGCUCAAUUGGUGCAGCAAAAACUAGACGCAUACAAGGCUGAUGAACCGACAAUGGGAGAAGGACCUGAGAAAGCACGUUCUCAACUAUUGAUUCUAGAUAGAGGAUUUGAUUGCGUCUCACCACUGUUGCAUGAGCUUACGUUGCAAGCCAUGGCAUAUGAUUUGUUAGAUAUUGAUAAUGACGUUUAUAGAUUCGAGGCAACAGCAGGUCAAGAAAAAGAAGUAUUAUUGGAUGAAAACGAUGAUUUAUGGGUUGAACUCAGGCAUCAACAUAUUGCUGUAGUGUCUCAGAAUGUGACUAAAAAUUUGAAAAAGUUUACAGAAUCAAAAAGAAUGCCGCAAGGUGAUAAGCAGAGUAUGCGUGACUUGUCGCAGAUGAUCAAAAAGAUGCCGCAAUAUCAAAAAGAAUUGAGCAAAUACGCCACGCACUUGCAAUUAGCCGAAGACUGCAUGAAGCGUUAUCAAGGAAACGUAGAUAAACUUUGUAAAGUCGAGCAAGACUUAGCUAUGGGUACCGAUGCGGAGGGUGAACGCAUCAAAGAUCAUAUGCGAAAUAUCACACCAAUUUUACUAGAUCAGACCGUGAAUCAUUUGGACAAGUUGCGAAUCAUAGCUUUAUAUGUCAUUAGCAAAAAUGGCAUCACUGAUGAGAAUCUUAAUCGUUUGGUUCAUCAUGCCCAAGUGUCCGUUGAUGAUAAACAGACUAUCGUCAAUAUAGCAAAUCUCGGCAUCAAUGUUGUUGUAGAUAGUAAUCGCAAAAAGUUAUAUACGGUACCACGUAAGGAAAGAAUCACGGAACAAACGUACCAAAUGAGUCGUUGGACUCCAAUCAUUAAGGACGUCAUGGAGGAUUCCAUCGAGGAUAAACUUGAUUCUAAACAUUUUCCAUUUCUCGCUGGACGUGCAGCCAGUUCAGGAUAUCAUGCACCAACCAGCGCGCGAUAUGGACACUGGCACAAAGACAAAGGUCAACAGACUAUUAAAAAUGUCCCUCGAUUAAUCGUUUUCAUAGUUGGUGGCGUAUGUUUCUCUGAAAUACGAUGUGCAUAUGAAGUUACAAAUGCAUUGAAAAAUUGGGAAGUUAUAAUUGGCUCAUCCCAUAUAAUUACACCAAAAUCAUUUUUGAAUGACUUGAGUAAAGUGCACGUCUAAAUUAUCAUAUAGCUAAAAGAAGAGAUGACCAUACAUUCCGAAUCUGCCGCUAGUUUCGACUCCAUCAGUAAUACCAGCUAUAAAGUCAUCAAUGAUCUCUCAAAUACGAAAUUAAGAAACUAAAUAACGAACAAACAGUCAAUUCUUUAAGGAAGAUGGUGAAACUCAUUUGAACAAAAAACAUCGAGCGUAUGCAAGUAUUCUAUAAUAUAGCUGUCAGUUGAGUAAUAUAUAAAAGUAUUCGUGUAUUAGUCAAGCACGAAGACUCUUGAUCGAUCAGAUAAGUCAUCUAGAAUCAAGUGCCUGCGCGAAUACAGAAUCACUAGAGAUCGACACGUUGGCAAUACUGAUGUAGAUCGCACCAAGAUGUGUAAUGGUAUUGGGCAAUCGAGCCUUUAGCAAAGCUUUAGAGAUAUAUUCAUAUGCAUUAUGUCACUCUUUGUCUGUAAUAAGGAGAGGAAUUUGUGAAGAUCUAUGUGUCUCGUAGAAGAGAAUCGUGAUAUUUCUGUACAUUUCUCUUAUUAUUAAUAUUUUGUGUUAACUUCCGCUCGUUGAAAAAUGAUGACUGAGUUGACAUCUAAAAUGUAGAUCGUUUUUAUUUAGUAUACUUUUGCUGUACUUUUACUUGGUAUACUUUUAAAAAAAAAUCAUAAUUUUAUUAUAAUAGAGAAAUAUCUCAAAUCUAAAUGUCACGUCGCAAUUCACUUUAUUCUCUUAUCUUCUCUUCCCUUAUCACUAUCAAGUACCAGUAUGAUAUGAAGAUUAUUUAUCUGACAUUAUUAUUUCUCUAAUUAAUGGUACUGGAUGUAAAAUAAAAUCUCUAAUGUGUAUGAACCUAAUACUUAUACUUCUUUUGUAACUUAUUUAUUUUUACUUUAAUAAUUUUAUGCAAUAUUCUAAUUUUCGAGCUAUCUAAUUGUUAAUUUAGACUAUAUUCAAUGUAAUUCUCCUAAGGAUAGUUUCAAUAUAUUCAGCAAAUGUUCAGCACUUUCUUUGACAGAAACGACUACUUACUUCUAUUGAAUACAAUGCCGAUACAGUUAUAAUACUGUACUCAUAUGUAUGUAUGUAUCGUAAGAUUUAUUGCAAUAUCGAACCGCAAUUGUUAUGCGAUUGUGGUAAAGAAGUGCUUUCGACGAGAAGUUUGCGCCUGUCGAUGAAUAACAAUGGUAAUAUUCGUUAAUGUAAUGUCAAUAAAUGUUGCGAUCUAUUAGCGGAGAGAUUAUUAUAAAGUUAAAUGAUAUUUAUAAAGUAUAUCCUGUUGUGUUAUACAUAUAUAUGUAUAUAUAUGUAUGUAGAUUAUAGUUGGAACAAAAUGUUCUGCUUAUAAAGGCCUAAAAUGCGCUCUA